UUCUUUUAUUUUUAACUAUGUGUUUAUAAUGUAAAACACUGCAAACAACAAAGACUGCGAAGUAAUUCUUGACUAUACCACAUUUAUAUAUUUUAAUUAGAAAAGUGUAUUGUUAUAUAAGAUAGAGUUUAAAACAAAAAAAAAAACUAACAAAACGGUACAGAAAUUAUUAUAAUCACAAUACUCUUCUGUGGCAGCACUGUAGUGGUGAAAAAGUGGUGUAUGUAAUGCGAUGAGUGCUCGAGCAUUCGCAGAAAUUAUUUAAAGUAUUUUUAUUAUAAAUUCAAUCGAACAAAAGUUGAGAUUAUUAUAUUAAGUUAAAGAAAAGUAUUUUUUAUAAAUUCAAGUGUGAUAUAUAAGUCGUAAAGUUGGAUAAUACGUCGCAUCGAUAUUUUCUCGGUUAAUGAGUUCAACCAACGUCCAUCUACAUGCGUAAAUAUGUAUGUACUUCUCUCAUAUCACAACCUUCUUCAAAUGUAGCAGCAGUAGCAACACAACAAUUUUGCCAUUUAUAAAUAUCCAUCUUGGGUUGUAGACGGUCGGGCUACGGAUAUAGCAAAUCAAGAGCAAUAAAAAGCAACGUCCAAAAACAGUACUUUCGUGGUGCAUGAGUGUUUGUGAAUCUCAUUUACAAAAAUUUCAUUAUUCGCGUAUUAUUGUUAAUUUUUAUUUAAACACCAAUUAUAAGCAACCAAUUGAAAUCAAUGUUGUAUGUUUGUAGUAAGGUGAUCGUGGCCGACAUCGCCUUAGAGACCAACGUCGGGUCAGUCGUACUGUGAGAUGUCGGAAUAAAAAUUAGUGUGUUUGUGUCCUGAUAACCAUUCCUUAGUUCCAUAAAGUAACCGGUCAAAAAUUAGUAUUUUGUAUUUAACGUUCUGCACGAUUAUAAUAAUUGAGCGUAAACUGCGAAUUAGUAAUUAUUACAAAGAUAUACGGUGACCAUUUACUUGUGAACCGGCGUAAACAAACUGUGCAGAGACGGACUGCCAGAAGCAAUCACAACAAAUAUUUUGCAGCAUGUAUUUGAAGUGAAGAAAAUGCGUACAUAUUUGUGCAUGUGCCCUUCACGAUGAUGUCAAUGCAACAAGCUAUCAGAAAAGCCUUCAGCUUGAAAGGCUUAUUCUUAAUAUUGAAAAUGUUUUAAAAGCGGCUGGUUGGAAGCACUUAAGCCUUGGAAGUCGAAUGAAAAAAUUUGCCGAAAGCGAAUUUGUUAACGCAGCUGAGAACUACGGAACAUACACGAUUUAGGAAUAUCUCCACAAACGAGUCAGCGCGUGGGUUACAUCAUAUCUGAUUGAAAUUCAUCAUAAAAGACAACGACAUUCCGACUCGUUAAUUGAAAAUUCAAAACCAAACUCAGGACCACAAGAUAAAACAAAAUAAAUGCAUAAAUAAACACACCACGAAAUAAAAGACUUACUACAAAAACAAAAGAAAAAAACGAAACGACAUCUUAGAAAACGGCAAUGUAUGGAAAAUGUCGGAAAUUAACCAGAAGUAUUUGUAGUUAUAGCGAUUUUAAUGGUCGCCAAAAGCAACAAGUCUAGAAUUAAACUAAAUUCAGUGAGCCAAAUUAUUAAACCGAAAAACCACAUCUAAAACCAAUUAAUAGCAAAAUAGUAAAUAAAAACAAUAGCAGCUAUGGGCAGCAUACAUAAUAUAAGAUUUGUUCGCUUUCUGCUCGUCGUGAGCAUAGUUAUCCUCACCAUUUUCAUAUACGCCACAUAUUCGUCAAAUGCGACACUUACACCACCACAUUCGCACUCUAUGCGUGCCAGUUCGGUCACAGAUGCUGCGGGCGCUAUUGCACAACAGUAUCAGCCGCUGAUAGCAACGAAUAAGAGUAAACCUAGUAAUGAUGCUGCCGACAGUGGUUUUGAAAUAAGCAAUCGCCUAGACGCGCCUAGAAGUGAAGGCGACCUUUCGCUUUUGAAGUUGAAUAAAAAGGCAGCUGUUUUGUCUGGAGCUAGCACAGGUUCAGGUGCUGGCGUAGGGAAAGCGCCAUUGGCGAACGCCGCAAAGAAACAACAUCAGCAUCGCGAACCAACGAUCGACGUAGAUGCGGUCAAUGAUGAGGCGCCCGAAGACGAUGAGAUGGAGCGUUUCGGUAACGAAUUGCUUGAUGAUAUGGAAGUGCAAAAUAUUGACAACGCUUUAGUGGUCGGUAGCAUAAGUUACCCAAAUGUUUCUAAUGGACAGGCAAAAAAUGUUGGUGCUCCUCUUCAGCAAUCUAAAUCGGAGUUACAAGGACAGCCAGAUCCGCUUAAAAACGUCAACGCAAAAUCCAGUGAUAACGCCAACAAUAUAAACAAAAUACUAGAUUCAGAGGUCAUGAUACCGACAUCGAAUUUGCAAAAGUUUAUCGAAAAUGCAGAUAAGAUAUUGAAAAACAUCACAGCAGCGCCGGCGGCGAAUGAGAAAUCUGUGACAAAAGAUUCAAAUGGUAGCAAACAGUUACCUGAGGAAAAUGCGAUCCCAAAGGUUCCUAAAGUGGAAGGCAAUGUUGCUGACAACGAAAACGAUGAUGAUGAUGAUGAUGUAAACAGUGAUGUGGCUUUGCCACCAUCCGUAGUGAUGACCAUUAAACGUCCUGAUGGCGCUGUGAAACCACAAAAACCGAGUGAAAAUAGUGCUUUGCCCAAAACUAGUGCAAAUAAACCUAAAAUUCCGCCGAAAGUGCCACCUAAGAUAAUCCAUCCAGUACCACCCAAAACAGUCGACCACACCAAGGGUAUAACCACCAGUGAAAUCUACGAGUCAGGACAUUUAAACGAGGAAAUAAAUUUCGCUAAGAUUUGCCCAAAUGACGGUGAAGAUUUGAAAUUACUGAUACUUAUAUCGUCAGCCUUAAAUCACGCUGAAGCACGCCUCGCCAUACGACAGACCUGGGCACACUAUGGCACACGACGUGAUGUAUCCAUAGCAUUUGUCUUGGGGCGCUCCACAAAUGAAAGUAUAAGCAAGGAGUUGAGUAUUGAGAACUUUAUUUAUGAGGAUAUGAUUCGUGGAAACUUCAUCGACUCUUAUACUAAUUUAACAUUGAAAACGAUUUCCACUUUAGAAUGGGUGGAUUUGCAUUGUCAGAAAGCCAAAUUUAUACUUAAAACAGAUGAUGAUAUGUUUAUAAAUGUGCCGAAAUUGUUGCAGUUCAUUGACAGUCAUAUCAAAGAUAAGCGUGUCAUAUACGGACGCUUAGCGAAACAAUGGAAACCCAUACGUAACAAAAAAUCCAAAUAUUAUGUAUCAACCGACCAAUUUAGUCAACCACUGUUUCCACCGUUCACCACCGGCCCGGCGUAUCUCAUAACGAGCGACAUAAUACAUUUGCUUUAUGAACGAUCGCUCCAUCAGGUAUACCUGAAGCUAGAGGAUGUGUUCACAACGGGAAUUGUUGCGCAACAGAUUGGUAUUAAACGCGUACAUGCCAAUGAGUUCCUUAAUCGACGUAUUGCAUUUAAUCCAUGCAACAUACGCAAACUAAUCAGUGUACAUAUGGUCAAGUCAAAUGAACAAUUUGACCUUUGGAAGAAGUUACUGGAUAAGAGUACUAAGUGUAAAUAGUAUUUUAGAUUUAUUCAUUAAAGUCAUAAAAAAUGUAAUGCUAGUUGUAAACGAAUUAAAUUAAGUAUAUAUAGCGGUACGAAA